UGACUCAGUAAAUAAAUGCUUGCAUCGACAUCAGGCGGUGUCUUUAAAAUUUAUUUCCAAUAAGACAUUAUUAAUAAGUUAAUGGGUAUUUUGGAAAAUUACUUUGAAGUGUAACGUACCAAGUUUAAACACUAUCACCAAUAAAGUCGUUCACAGAAAAUGUCGGGCGUAAAUGCAUUUCCAGUAAAGAAGGAGUACGAAAAGAAUCCAGAUAUAUCUCCAGAGGAUAUCAGAAAGUUACGGGAGUGGCUAAAGACGCAGCCCCACCUGCCAGAAAAAUAUAUAACAGAACUCGAUCUCAUAUUACUUUUCUUCUGUUGCGAAAAGAGUGCUGAAGUCUCUAAGCAAGUUUUGGAUCUCCACUACACGCUCAGAACUCACUUGACUACUUGGUUUCUAAACAGAGUAGUUGAUAAAAAGAUCAUCCAAUGUAUGAAUACAGUCUUAAUAACUCCGUUCCCAACGUUCACAGCCGACGGUUACAAAGUGAUAUAUUGUCGACUAUUAGAUGGAGAUCCUAAACGUUACAUGUUCAAUGAUAUCGUCCGCGUAUUCGGAAUGGUCUUCGAUUUAUACCAAUAUGCAGAAGGAACAUGGCCAGGACUUGUUGUUCUAAUUGACAUGGAUCUUACAUGUAUUGGACACGUAGGCAGGAUUGAUUUGUCAACAUUAAGACAAGUUAUAAUCUUCCAUCAGGAAUGCAUGUUAACUAAAUUAAAAGAAGUCCAUUUUUUAAAUGCCCCGUACUUCAUGGAUCGCUUUAUGUCAUUAGUGAGACCGUUUGCGAAGAAAUCGUUUAUGGACAUGAUAAAAAUUCACGAGCGAGGGUCUAAGUCCAUUUAUCAAUACGUGCCGAAAAGUGCAUUCCCGAAAGAGUUAGGAGGAAACUAUAAGGAUAACAUUACUUUAAGAGACGAGAUGAUUCGCCAUUUGGGAGAUAAUAAGCAGUACUACGAAGAAGAAGGUCGAAAGCGCGUUAAUGAAUCAUUGCGUCCAAACGGGAAAACUAAUGUUGAGGAUUUAUUCGGAAUUCAGGGUAGUUUUAAGAAAUUGGAGAUUGAUUGAGAUACCAUAUUUAUUAAAUAAAAAAAUUCUGUUAAAAC